CUUCUUUUAAGAUUACAUUGAUAUCUUGUUUAUAUGCCCGUACAUCCCUCUAGAGUGCAGACCAAGCUUCCGGGAAUGGGAGGCGUUGUCUCGACUGAUGGCACUUUUAAUCGCCCCGUUGACGAUAGUGCUUUCAAGUCACCGAACAUGUCAACUCCUCCGAGCUCCCCUUCGAGUCAAGGGGAAGGCAAACUGGGAGGUCGCAACCGCGAGGUCUUCAGCAAAACGCGAAUGUGUAAAUUUUUCUUGCGAGGCCAGUGCAAGCACGGUUCGGACUGCGGGUAUGCUCACGACUGGAGCGAGCUAAGGCAGGCUCCCGAUCUCCGGAAGACCAAAAUGUGCCAGCUUUAUCGCAAAGGGCAGUGCCCUAAUGGUGCUGACUGUGCUUAUGCACAUAGUCGCGAUGAACUCAGAGCCACUGCUGAUGUUUAUAAGACUUCCCUCUGCCGUUUUUGGAUGAAUGGUUCGUGCAAUGCUGGUUCCAAGUGUCGCCAUGCUCACGGUGCUCAUGAACUCCGUACUAGGGUACCUACUGCCGCUGGCACUGAUGCUGUUCUCACUGCUUCUACUACUAACCGUCUCGCUGAGGCUGCCGCGGCUAAUGAGGAUGCUGAUCUGAUGGCCACUGCUGCUUCCCUAGCUGCCACCCAGAAGGCGUCGUUGGGGUCUACUAUGGCUAUGAACGAUUACUUGGAACAAGCUAAUUUGUUAGAGCAGAUCGCGAAGACUCUCGAGCAGCUCAAUGAGACUACUGGGAGUAGCGGUUUCACUGCUGGUGAUGAGGUUACUCUCAGACUACGUUCCUACACUGGUGGCAGGGAUAUGGUCGCUGCCCUCCUGGACGACCCUCCGGCUAGUGCCCCUAGUGUUACCAACACUCUUCCCACUGUCCCCAUGGCUGGCAUGGACGCUGAUGCACCGGUGUUCGUCCCUAGGAAGUCCAUAAGUUCAAUAAGCAGUGAUCAGUUACAACAGCUGCAGGCGAUCAUUGAGGAGGCCGGUUACAAUGCACCAAGUGCUGCAGCUACCCCUGUGAAGGGUCCAUCGCCUGUCGUGGCUCCCACUGUACAGGGUGAUAGUCGCCCGCGUGGUUUAAGUGGUUGGAAGCCUUAUGAGCCCUCCAAUGUGAAUUCCCGAAGGUUGAGUCAAAUAGCCACUAUUCUUGAAGCUAAGAGGAGACUCUCUAGCUUCAGCCUGGCCCCUCCCGGUAUCAUGCCUGGUCAGAAUCUUCCUCCUAUGCACAGUCCCAACAGGGGGCCACUUGCGUAGGGUCAGUAUAGGCCUUGUACAAACGUUCGUCAUACUCGGAAGCAUCCGUCAUAUCAUCACUAGCGUCUUGUGUGGACAGUUGGUGAUGAUUUCCGUAUUAUUUUUGCCGGGUAUGGGCACUGUGUGAUAGACCCUCUUAUCCUCUUGCAACUGACGAAGGCGUUAGGCCGUUCAAUUCCUCCACGCUGCUGGAUUGGCAAAUGCUGUGAUUAUCGUCGUUGUUGCCAGUACUAAUACUAUUGCCGCACUGGAGGUUCAUGUUGAACUCUAGAGUCGAUAGUAACGUUGAUUACGUACCAGUUAUAUUAUAUAACACCUUUUCGUUCAA